CUCAGAUUCCACAUAACGCUACAAGCAUUCACAUGGCAUGUGUGCGUUUCUCGUAAUCUGGCUGUUUUGGAAUUUCUUUAAAAACGCUGGCGGCGUCCAAUGCUUAAAGAAUGACGACAUCGGGUAUCGUCAAGGAAACAUCUACUCCUGUAACGACCCGGAUCUAAGCGCUUGCUGCGAGAUGGACGGGCAAUUCACAUGCUGCGAACCAAACUACGUCAAAAAUACUCGGGAACAGUUCAAGUUGUGGGGGAGUAUUUGUGUGUUCGUGUUGGUCAUUGUGGGAGUGUACACGUGUCUACACCGUGAUGUGCAGUGGAUCUCCGGUCAGACCAUUCAGGAAAGCCUCGGAAUUAAUAAGAAAGACAGGGUUGAACAUGCAUCAUCUAUUCCUCUGACAAAUAGUCAGUCAGGAGAGAAGACAUAAGAUGGAUUAAAUUUGUGUCUUUUAUCCAUUUUGUAUUUGUAUUACGACGUUGCUGUAUAAAAAAAUUCACAAUACUC